UAAAGUCACCGGCCUGGAGUGACGGCUGAAGAACCAGGCGGGAUUCCAGCAGACAAAGUGAGAGAGCAGAUUCCCGACAAGACUCUCCCGAGCUCCAGCAAUGGCUUCGUGGUGUCGGAAAUGUGGGCAACAGGUGCCCAGGAACCCACCCUUCACCGGCGUCCGAAUCACGGAAGGAGAAAUGAAAUCUUACCAUGAUUUUAUACGAGGGUGCAUUAAGCUGGAGCGCAUGGCGAGGAAAGAUGAAAUCAUGCAGCAGGAGAUACGACCGCUGGUUGCAGUGGAUAUAAUAGAGCAACUCCACAGGCAAUUUGCCAUCUUAUCAGGAGGAAGGGGGAAGGAUGGGGCGCCCAUUAUAACCUUCCCAGAAUGUGCAGGAUUCAGCGACAUACCCGAUGAGGAUUUUCUGAAUGUGGUCACAUAUCUAACCAGCAUUCCCAGUCUUGAGGCUGCCAGCAUCGGAUUCAUCAUCAUCAUAGACAGACGACGGGACAAAUGGAGUGCAGUCAAGGCAUCGCUGACACGAAUAGCAGGAGCGUUUCCAGGGAACCUGCAGCUGGUGUUUGUGCUGCGGCCCUCCCGCUUUAUCCAGAGGACAAUCGCUGACAUCGGCAUUAAGCUCUAUCGGGAUGACUUUAAAAUGAAGGUACCGAUCAUCAUGUUGAACUCGGUCUCUGAUCUACACGGGUACAUCGACAAAAGUCAGCUGACACGUGAGCUGGGAGGAACCCUGGAGUACGGGCACAGCCAGUGGAUCCAUCACCGAACCGCUAUUGAAAACUUUGCAAUGACAGUAAAAACAACAGCACAGAUGCUACAGACCUUCGGAACAGACCUAGCAGAGACUGAACUUCCCAACGAUGUGAAGUGCACGGAGGAGCUCCUCUCAGCCCAUACUGAGCACCACAGCAAGCUGAAGGAUGAGCUGAAACUAGCAGUGAAGCAGGGGGCCACCCUGCUGACAUGCAUUAGGGAGCCGGUCACCCGGAGCGCCAACAGCAAACUCAGUCCAGAUGAACUGGAAAAUGUGGCAACGGUGGAAAGGUUGUUGGCUCAGUUGGAUGAAACAGAAAAGGCUUUUGAUCAAUUUUGGACCAAGCAUCACUUAAAAUUAGAACAAUGCCUGCAGCUUCGGCACUUUGAACAUGAUUUUAGAGAGGUGAAACUGGUGUUGGAUAAUCUCAUGGAAGCACAAGCAAGUUUUGCUGACAUUGGAGACAGUGUGACCCGAGUGGAGAACUUCCUGAAAGAGCAAAAACAACUGGAAGAAAAAGGACAGGAGCCUUUGGAGAAGGCCCAGUCUCUAGCUCUCCAUGGAGAACAGCUCAUCCAAAACAACCAUUAUGCAGUUGACUCCAUUAGACCAAAGUGUGUUGAACUCAGGCGUAUUUGUGAUGACUUUACCAAUGAAACCAAGAAAAAGUACGAUAUUUUGGGGAAGUCUCUUGAACUGCAUAAGCAGUUAGAUAAGGCAAGCCAAUGGUGCGAAGCUGGAAUCUACCUCUUAGCUUCCCAAGCUGUGGACAAAUGCCAGUCACAAGAGGGAGCUGAAACAGCACUUGUUGAAAUUGAGAAGUUCCUGAUGACAGCUAAGGAACACCAGUUGUCUAACCCUAAAGAGUUCUACAAUCAGUUUGACAUGAUCCUCACCCCAGAAAUAAAGGCCAAUGCCCAGAAAAUACUACAGAAGCUGGAAGAUGUACAAGAAAUGUUUGACAAGAGGCAAGUGAGUCUGAAGAAGCUGGCGGCCAAACAGACUCGGCCAGUGCAACCUGUUGCCCCACAUCCUGAAUCUUCCCCGAAGCGAGGCUCGCCGAAGACUACUAGACCCGCCGGAGUAGCUACCAACAGGAGAUCCACAGAAAUUUCCUGCCCUCCAAAGUCCAUCUCCGAGGUAGAGUUAUCAAAAAAGAAAAAUGUCAAGAAGACUAAAGGCGGAAUCAAGAUUGAAGUGAUGCACGAAGCGAGCCAAGGAGGGUCGAGCAGAGUGCUGGUGAUGAGCGAAAGCGAUGAGAACCUGUCCACGAGGAGGAGCCACAUAAUCAAUGAGCUGAUAGAAACAGAACGGGUUUAUGUAGAAGAACUUCAAAGCAUAAUAGAGGGGUAUGCUUCAGAAAUGGAUAAUCCCAAUUUAGUGCAUCUGAUCCCAUCCGCGCUUCAGAACAAGAAGGACGUCCUUUUUGGAAACCUCCCAGAAAUCUAUGAAUUCCACAACAGGAUUUUCCUUAAGGAGAUAGAAAAUUGCAUUGAAAAUCCUGAGCUUCUUGCCCGAUGCUUUUUGAAAAGAAAAGAAGACCUCCAAAUAUAUGAAAAAUACUGUCAGAACAAACCAAGAUCCGAAGCUCUCUGGAGACAGUGUGGCGACAGCAUCUUUUUUCAGGAAUGUCAGCGUAAACUGGACCAUAAGCUCUCACUAGAUGCUUAUCUUUUAAAACCAGUCCAGAGAAUCACCAAGUACCAGUUAAUAUUAAAGGAAAUGUUGAAAUGUAGCAAGAACUCAGAAGGUACCGCUGAACUGGAAGAGGCCCUGGCCACCGUGCUCGAUAUCAUCAAAUCAGUUAAUGACUCCAUGCACCAGAUAGCAAUCACAGGAUAUGAGGGGGAUGUCAGUGAGCUUGGUAAGCUCUUGAUGCAAGGUUCCUUCAACGUGUGGACUGACCACAAGAAAGGACACAACAAGGUGAAGGACUUGGCUAGAUUCAAACCAAUGCAGAGACACCUGUUUCUCUAUACGAAGAUGCUGCUAUUCUGCAAGAAACGGGAGGAGAACACAGAUGGCCAUGAGAAGACAGCUUCAUACAGCUUUAAAAAUUCCUUAAAGAUGAGCACUGUGGGCAUUACAGAAAACGUAAAAGGGGAUAACAAGAAAUUUGAGAUCUGGUAUAAUGGCAGAGAAGAAGUCUAUAUCAUUCAGGCAUCUUCUGUUGAGCUGAAAAACACAUGGAUUUCCGAGAUUCGCAAAGUCCUGACGGGACAGCUGGAAGCUUGUAGAGAAGCAAGCCAGCUACACCAAAGAAUCACCGAGAGUGUGUACCAUGCACCAAUGAAUCCCUCCAAUCUAACCAGGUAUAGCAGGAAGUCAUCGAGUCUAUAUGAAAAUAAAUCAGAGACACCCAGCGUAGAAGCAUCGAACAACAAAAACAGAAAUUCCAGUCCAAGCGCCAGGCAAAAGAGAGUUGAUGCUUCCACCAGCCUUAACCUUGAGCGCACAGCGCUUGCUAGAAAGCGAUUCACAUUGCAAGGUCUUUCCAACCGCAGAGCUCCUCCCAAAGAUCCAGAAUCUAAGGAAAGAGAAGUUACCCGUCGCUUUUCCCUAGCCUCCUCCAUCAGCACCACAGCUAAUACAUCUGCUGUGACCAAAGGUCCCCUUGUUCCUGCAGUUAAAGUCAAGAGACAUGAAAUAAAGAGUGACCCAACUCCCCUGGGGUUUGAAGAUGCUUUUGAGAACACCAUAUUGGCCCAGACUAAGUGUAGUACCGGUUCCACCACAAGACCAGUACCUAGAUCUGCUUCACAGACAGGUUGGCCCAGCAGGCAGAUGCCAUCUCUAGACACGUUUGAAGAUUUCGAAGCCAUCCCCUCCAGCACAGAUGAACUCUCCAACUCUUCUGACAUGGAGGAAGAGACCAACCCUAACAAUGGGACCAAUCUCUUCCGGGUAGAAGGCAGUUUUGACAGCUGCUUCCCAGAUUCUCUUACACUAGAGGAUGGAGAUUUAGUACAGUUUGUGCAGGAAGGAGAAAAUGGGCAAUGGUUAGUGAAGAAACUGGUUUCCGAGAAGAGCGAGUGGGUUCCCUCCAGUAUAUUGCAGCCAGCAGAGGGGGACAGUAACAACAUAAUUAAGAACAGCAAUGCAGAUAUGUACCAUGACUCCUGCAGCAUGGCCUCAGUAGAGUCAGAAACCAAGGAGAGCGAGGUGGCCAGGAGCUUACCAGCAGAACAGAGGGCCGGCAGCUGAGCUGCAGGAUCACCCUUCCUCAGGACUCCAUCCAUCUCUGUUUUGGGUGGACACUGGAUCAAAGUUGCCUUUCUCACAAGCUCUGAGCUUCACAAUCCACUACAACUUCAUCAGCAUGAGAACUGUGGCCUCCAGCUGGCAAACGGGGAAAAAAGAUCUCAAAAGGAGCAUCAAACAUCCAGAGAGCAUCAAAAGCCACCUUCAGUAUUAUAGGAAAAAAAUGCUUCUUGCAUUGUUUAUCAAACUGUUUCAGAAGAUGUGGCCUAAAUUAGGUCAACAGUAGAGCUGAAGAGUUACUAUGCACGCACCUAUUGGCAACUUUGCUUAAACACCAAGUUACUGCAGAGGGACAUACGUAGGGUUGCAAGUUCUUGCUCUACCAUGGGGUCGCCUGGAGGCUUUUCCAUUUGCUUGCCUCAGUGGCUGUGCCUUCGCCACCCUCCUUAAUUCCAGUGGAUGCGUCACAAAUGUGCCCUUCGUGCUGAUGGUCAACACCAAAACCAUCACAUUCUAAGGUGGUUGUGGAACGAAGACUUGGUCCAAUGACUUGGACCCUCAGAGAGGCUUCAAGCAGUGAUAACGUGACUAGUUUAAAAAUGGCACAGUGAACAACCCGUUGCCCACAGCGUUGUCUUGGGAUGAUGCAAGGGGCAAGUCCCAGCUAUGAGGUGGAGGUGCAGGGCUUAGCAGGGAAGAGUGUGACAGCUACUGUGACAAAGAAUACUUGGAACUCUUUUUACAAUAUAAGUCAUUCCUCCGCUCCUCUCUGCAGUCUGUGGUUGCUGGAUCAGAUUCCUUCACAUUUGGUGCUGAGAAAUUCAUUGAAUGCCAUUUAAUGUCAUAUGUUGGAGUAGACUGCAUGCUUUCACUGUGUGCUGGCUAUGGAGUAGAUACAUUUCAUCCCCUUUAAGGAAUAUACUUAAGCAUUACAAAUAGGCAGUGAGCAUUAGAUGCUCCAGUGAGUGGAUAAAGUGUUGUUGUUAAAUACUUUUUUUUUCCAGGACAUUUGAUUCAAGGACUGUACCAAAUCUCUGCCACUUAAGGAUGUAAUAUAUAAUAUAAAGUGGUUACAGAUGUUAUUAUUCCUAUAUAAGCCAUUAGCUCGUUUGGAGCAGUUCUGAAGGCAUGAAAGCAUUUUGAUGGUAAGUGGGGUUUCAGUCCCACAAAAGCUGCUAGUACUUUAGCAAAGAUAAAUAUUGACCAAGGAUUGCAAAUAGGUAAAUAUCAGCCAGGAGCCUAGAAAUUCAAGAGUCAGUGGUUAUUUUUCCCUAUUAGAGACCUUUUGUUUAACCUUGAGGCUAGUAAUGCUAUAUGUAAAUAAUAAAUGUGGCAAAAGCACUAAAAACAGAGAUGAAGCAAAACCAAAAAAAAAAAACACUUUAGUAAUUGAGCAUCUGAGUGAAAUAGCAGGAGCCUGUAACGUUUCUGUUACCCUCUGUGCAGGGACCUGAAUGUUUUUCUUUGCACUGUGGUGGGGCUAGAAUGGUUAAUUCUCAUGAGUAAAGUUCUUCUAACCCUUAAAUAAUAUCUAAUCUCCAUGAUUUCAGAUGCUUUCUGUUCAUGACAAAAGCAUCUGAGAAUCCUGGAAGUUAAUCUUGUCCUGCAGAGGAAAGAGCUUGUCCAUCUUGUCCUUGUUAUUUACCCAAAAAUGACACCUUGGCUCUCAGGAACCUGACACGCGUUAAGGGUUACUGCAAUUAUGGGAGCACCUCAAGGGAAGAGUCCUUCCAGUCCCCCAAGGAAAUGUGCAGUCACAUUUUCUUGCAGUGCAAUCGUUUUGUUCUCUUCAUAAAAUGACUUCAUUUUGGUUCCUCUAUUGAUGUCAGCAAUUUUUGCACGGUCUCAUAACGGUGCUCCUGUCCCCCC